AUGGAGGCGUUGAAACUGGAAGGUCCUCCGAUGUUGAGUGCGCGAGACACUAAGUUGAUUGUCAACUUCAAUGCUGAAGUUGAUUUAAUUGGUAAUGAUGAAGCUAAGGACAUUUUAAAAGCACUUGACUUAUCUAAUGUUUUCGAUGGUCUCAGAAGAUUUGACGGCCAAAUUACAGUUUUAGAACAGUCUUGUCAAUAUAUUAAGCCCGUUGAAAUUCCACUUGGACGGCGAAUGGAUAAUAAACUAAAUAGAAUUACUGGUACGUAUCAGCCUACAUCGGUGAUGGAUACUUUUCAGUAUGUACCGAUCAUAGAGACUCUUAAAUUAGUUAUUUCUAAUCCAAAUGUCCUAGAAGCCAUUCUGCAUGAACAAAAAUCACCAGAAGGUAUACUAAGUUCUUUUCUCGAUGGACAGCAUGCAGAAACUCACGAAUUCCUGCAACAACAUCCGCAUGCCCUCCGAUUACAACUUUAUUACGAUGAGUUAGAAAUAGUGAAUCCUCUAGGAUCCAAAACUGGAAUUCAUAAAUUAGGAGCUUUUUAUUACAGUAUUCAAAAUAUACCAUCACAAAUAAAUUAUGAUUUGAAUUCUAUUCAUGUGCUUGCUUUAUGUGCAGACGUUGAUGUGAAGAAGUACGGAUUCAAAGCAAUUCUGCAACCUUUCUUGAAUGAUCUGGAGAAGUUGGAGAGUGAUGCAGGAAUACUAGUGAAUACAGAAAAUGGUCCUUUUAUUUUACGAGCAACUCUUGCUGCUUUUAUUGGAGAUGGUCUUGCUGUACAUGAUGUAUUCAAUCUGUUAGGACCAUCUUGUAAUCAGUUUUGUCGACUAUGUAUGUAUUCAAGAGAGAAUUUACAUGCUGGAAUUCUUCAACAUGGUCAAGAGCGUACUCUAAAUUUAUAUCAGGAGCAUUUAGAUCUGUUAACUCGUAAUAAUUUUUCCGAUCAAAGUAAAACAGCUACAGGCAUGCGUGGAAAUAGUUGCUUAAACGAAUCUAGAUAUUUUCAUAUAACCCGUAAAAAAGUAUUUGAUCCUAUGCACGAUUUUCUAUGUGGUAUUUGCCCAAUGGUCAUCAAAUUGGUUCUUAAACAGUACAUAUUAGUUGAAAAAAAAUUUGAUACUAAUUAUUUAAAUGGGAAUAUAGCAUCAUUUCAAUGGGGAUUUUAUGAAAAUGUGAAUAAACCUUCUGCUAACUUCACCGAUUCUAUGUUAAGAAGAAAUGAUCAUCUAUUAAGUCAAAAGGCGAUGCAAGUUUGGUGCUUGAUUCGUGCAUUGCCAUUUUUACUGUUUGAUAAAGUUGACAGUGAUGAUGAAUAUAUGGCCUUGAUCAAAAAUUUACUACAAAUCAUGGAAAUUGUAUUUACUCCGAAGCUUUUUUGUUCACAAAUGGCUUAUCUUGGUACACUAAUUAAACAGUUUCGAACAAGUUUCCAAAACUUGUUUCCUGAUGUUCAUGAAAUAAAUCAAUUCCAUCAUUUAUUUCACUAUCCUGAAUGCAUCUUGUGGUCUGGUCCAGCUAUAAACUAUUGGUGCAUGCGUGAAGAAGCUAAACAUGGUGCCGCAAAAGCUAGAGCUCAGGCUGUUCGUAAUUUCAAGAACCCUCCAAAAACAUUGAUAAAAAUAUUUCAAUGUGGACAAAGCGCGAAAUGGGGUGGAAAAGAUGUUCAAUUAUUUCGAUUACAAUCAUUUUCUCGGAAAGAAGAACUAGUCGAUUCCACUCUGAGCCGACAGUUUCUGUUACAAUUAAAUUAUGCAAUAGAUGACAAAGUACUUUCUGUGAAGUCUGCGAAAAUAAAUGGUGUAGAAUUCCGCCUUGGAUUAUAUGUAUGUUUGAAAGUAUCAACAGUUCAGCCUAACAAUUUGCCAUUAUUUGGUAAAAUAAAAGAACUAGUUAUACUUAAUGGUACACAAAUUUAUUGCUUAGUAUCUACUUACAUAACAGUAGAUUUUGAUGUGAAUUUACACGCGUAUUCCAUUGAACAUCCUCAUGAAACUGAUAAUCGCUUUAUCGCCGUAUCUGCCUUAGCAAACUUCAAACCUUUUUGCCCUUGGAAUCCAUCAAAUUCUCAAAGUUUGUAUAUAAGUCUCCGUCAUAUUUUAUUAUGA